UGUCCCUGGCAGACACACAGACGCUCUGAUUUACUGGCUGCUGUUGCGAAUCCAUGGAAACCCUCCUUGCAUGUUCUUCUGCCGUUUCUCCAGCAACCCAAUCUAACACUGCCAGAUUCUCUCCGCGGAAGCAGCUGCGCGUCGGAAAGAAGUCGCCGCCAUUCAGAGUGAAAGCAGUAUCGGUGCCCGAUUCCGCCGUCGAAAACCCCGCGCCGGAGAUUAAAGAGGCUGUUAAACCCGUUUAUACCCCCACCCCUUCCAAUCGCCCUCUUCGAACUCCUCACAGCGGAUACCAUUUUGAUGGGACUCGUAGACAGUUUUUUGAGGGAUGGUUCUUUAAGGUUUCAAUUCCAGAAUGUAGACAGAGUUUCUGUUAUAUGUAUUCUGUUGAGAAUCCUGCAUUCACUAAGCCAUUGAAUGGAAUAGAGGAGGUGCAGUACGGGCGUCGUUUUACAGGAGUUGGAGCUCAAAUUCUUGGUGCGGAUGACAAGUAUAUUUGCCAAUAUACUCCAGAGUCUAACAACUUUUGGGGUGAGAGGCAUGAACUGUCACUUGGAAAUACUUUUAUUGCCCAAACAGGUGCCAGGCCUCCAAAUAAGGAAGUUCCUCCUCAGGAGUUCAAUAGCCGUGUUUCAGAGGGUUUUCAAGUGACACCACUUUGGCAUCAAGGAUUUAUUCGUGAUGAUGGAAGGACGGAUUAUGCAAAAACCGUGAAAACUGCUCGCUGGGAGUAUAGCACUCGCCCCAUUUAUGGAUGGGGCAACGUGGGCUCAAAGCAAAAGUCCACGGCUGGCUGGCUUGCUGCAUUCCCUGUAUUUGAACCUCAUUGGCAAAUAUGCAUGGCAGCUGGACUUUCAACAGGUUGGAUAGAGUGGGAUGGUCAGAGGUAUGAGUUCGAAAAUGCCCCAUCAUAUUCUGAGAAGAACUGGGGUGAUGGCUUCCCUAGAAAGUGGUUCUGGGUCCAAUGUAAUGUCUUUGAAGGUGCUGAUGGAGAAGUUUCUUUAACUUCUGGUGGUGGAUUAAGGCAAAUUCCUGGACCUGGAACAAGCGACAACUUUGAAAAUGCUGCACUGAUAGCAGUUCACUAUGGAGGUGUCUUCUACGAAUUUGUGCCAUGGAAUGGUUCUGUAACUUGGGAAAUUUCUCCGUGGGGCCACUGGUACAUAACUGCAGAGAAUGCGACACACAAGGUAGAACUUGAAGCAAGAACGAGUGACCCGGGCACAACAUUGCGUGCCCCUACUCAAGAGAUGGGUCUUGCUCCUGUAUGUCGGGAUACUUGUUAUGCUGACCUAAGACUGAAACUGUGGGAACGCCGCUAUGAUGGCAGUAAAGGAAAGGUGAUCUUGGAUGUUACGAGUAACAUGGCAGGUGUAGAAGUUGGAGGAGGACCCUGGUUCAACACAUGGAAAGGAACAACAAAUGCACCAGAGAUUCUCAAGCAAGCGCUUAACGCUCCAGUUGACAUCGAAGGGAUAUUUGGCCUGGUUCCGCUGUUUAAACCUCCCGGCUUAUAGUUUACUGAGACGUGGUCUUCCCGUCACCAUAGUUUACUGAAGGUACAUGAUCUCGUUGUCGCUAGGGUAGAGCAUUCGCAGUAUGAAGAUUAAAAGGUCAGUCGAAGAAGCCGAACACCAUUAUUGCUGCACUACACCCUGUGGAAAGAUGUAUAUUCUUGAUAUAGCAUCCAUUGUCGUUUAGAUUGAACAUUGUAAUGUGUUCUAGCCUAUAUCAUUUUCAUGGAUCCCAUUGUUGGUGACAGUAAUUGCAAAAAUUUCAGCAGAACAUCUAUAAAUAUUGUUAUAUACCUGAUGGUUUUACGGGAUCUGGUCCAUUAUAAAUCGGGUGGGAUGCCCGAGAUAACUUAGGUAAA